UUGGUCGGCUAUCCAGCCAAUCAAACGGUAAUGCGGAAGUGACGCAGGGACGCUAAAGAUGGCGUCAUAUUCAAACGGCUCCUGGAUAAAUGUUACUGGUUGUUAAAGGACCAUGCAGACCGAACCAGCGGGGCGGAGGAGACGGCCCGUCCGCCGAGGGCGAGGGGAGAGCGGGCAGGGCGGAGCGGAGCCGCGGGGGAGCUCCGAGGAGGAGGUGGAGGUGGCAAGGUCGAAAGUUAUAAUCAGCGCCAUGCAACAGGAAGAGGAGCAGGCAGGAGGAAGAGGAGGAAGACGGGCGGAAAGGGAGCGAGUGGAAGAGCAGCGAGGGAGGGACAGGAGCCGGGGGGACGGGGGAGGAAGGAGCGGGAGGGAGGCGAGGAGCAGGAGGACGGCGUCGGAAGGAGGCGAGCCGUCGGAGAGGCUGAGGUGGAGAGUCAACCAGCUGGAGAAAGAGAGGCUGGAGCUGACGUCCGGCCACAACCAGGAGCUGUGCAGGCUGCAGGCGGAGCUGACCCGGCUGAGGUCGUCGGUGGAGCGAGGAGAAGCUCAGCGGGUGGAGCUCCAGUACCAGCUGACGGUGAGCCGGAGAGACGCAGACCGGGCCUCCGAGCUCAGCCGGGACAAAGACGCGCUCACAGAGCGUGCGGCGGAGCUCCAGCACGCCGUCCAGGAGCUGCAGAAAGCUCUGGACAUCACCCAGCAGGCCAGGCAGGAGGACCAGCGUGCACUGCGGCAGGAGGUGGAGGAGCGAGACGGGCUGAUUAAGAGCUUGAGCUCGGAGAGCCGCCGACUGCACCGACUCCUCCGGGACCACGAGGAGGCCCUGGAGGAGUCGGAGAGGAGGAUGGCGGAGGUGCAGAGGGAGAGCGAGAAGGAGGCCGAGGUGAACAGACGACAAGCCGACGAGCUGAAGUACCUGACGGAGAGAGAGGAGAGGAGCAGGAGGGAGAAAGAGCUGUCAGAUCAGAGGGUGAAGUCUCUGGAGUCGAGCAUCGAGGCGGAGCGGGCGGCUCACCUGGAGUCUAAAUUCAACUCUGAGAUCGUCCAGCUGCGGGUGCGGGACGUGGAGGCGGCGCUGGCGGUGGAGCGGUCCGGCCACCAGGAGGCGCAGUGCAGCCUGGAGCUGCUGAGAGCUCAGUUCAGGGAGGUGGAGAGAGCUUACAGCCUGGAGAGAGAGAGGAGCAGCAGCACUGAGCGCGCUCAGGAGCGGUUGCAGAAGGAGUACGAGCAGUGUAAGUCUGACCUGAGCGUUGCCUUGGAAACGGAGAGGAAGACGACCUCUGACCUCAAAGAGAGGCUGGAAGGGGAGGAGAGACGGCACGCCAACACACACACACAGCUGGAGCAGGCCACUAAGCGGCGGCGUGACGCAGAGGAAGCGUUUGUGAGCUGCUUGAAACACAUCAGACAAACACUCCAACAACACAACAGCACUCCUCCUCCAGCAAAGCAUGAUGGGAACUGGAGUCCGUCUGCUGUUGAAGUCCUGCAGCUGCUGCAGACGACACUCAACAGCUGGCAGCACAGACUGGAGAGCGCUGACCAACAGCUCCAGGAUCUGCAGUCUGUAUCAGAGAAGCUUCAGGAGGAGAACCAGACUCUCCGACAGCUGAGCUCAGAUCAGAGCAGACAGACGGAGGAGUCCCAGCAGCUGUCCGUCAAACUGGAGGAGGAAGUGACACGCCUUCGCCAGGAGAGCUCCGAUUGGUCGACGCGGAGCAGAGGCCUGCAGGCUGAGCUGGAGAGAGAGAGGGAGGAGAGGGAGAGAGAGAGGGAGGAGAGGGAGCGAGAGAGGGAGGAUAGGGAGCGAGAGAGGGAGGAGAGGGAGAGAGAAAGGGAGGAGAGGGAGAGAGAGAGGGAGGAGAUAACGACAGAAGUCCAGAUGCUAACCAACAACUACCAGAAAGAGUCAAAGGCCUGUCUGUCCUUCCUCUACCGGGUCUACCAGCGCCUGCUGGCCGGCUGUGUCCUCCUUGAUCAGCCCCAGAGCAUCAUGGGUAAUUUCACCUGGCAGGAGCUGUGUGAUGUCAUCAGCGAACAGGUCGACCAGCUGACCUCUGACCUCCGGACGGCCAACGACAAGAUCGCCCACCUGCAGGCUGUGUGUGAGAAGAAGAGCGUGUGCGUCCGCGAGCUGCAGCGCAGUCAGGAGAGCGUGCUGACUCGUCUGGAGGAGAGCGUGAGGAGGAGGGAGGAGGCGUGGAGCAGCCGACACACACACACUGUGACACAGCUGCAGAACGAGCUGCAGGUGUGUCGCUCUCAGUACGACUCCCUCCGCGAUCGCGCCUCCUCUCUGGAGCUCCAAGGCUCCUCACUGACCUCCGACCUCUCCCGGGUCCAGGGCCUCCUCUCUCGAAGCCGCAGGGAGUCGGCCUCCUUCCAGUCGGCGUGCGCCCUGCUGGCCGGGGCGCUGAAACACGCUCACCGCCGGCUGCAGGCGCUCUCCAAACAGAAAACACUCCUGUCCAGGCGGCUGGCGGAGAGGGAGAUGCUGGAGGAGGAGGUGAGGAGGCUGGCUGCUGCUCUGGGAGGGGAGGAAGAUAAGGAAGAGGAGGGAAGAGGAAGGGAGGCAGUGAGAAGGUGGAGGAGGAGCGUGUGCGUGGUGUUGGCGGUGAGGCGGUGGCGUGCACUGACCAAACAGACGACAGUGUUGUUCCGGGUGGAGAGAGGCGGUGGCGAGCCGGCUGUUGGCGUCUGUGGAGGGUCGCCUACGGCAACACAGAAGGGUCACGACGUCCUGAGCACAGAUAAAGACGACGGUGGAGGUCCUGACGGUGUCUGUGCUCGCUGGCUUCGCUCUAAAUGUCUCUCUUCCAUCAUUCUGUCCUCCGUGGUCGACCUGCAGGGGGCGCUAACGCACACUGGCUCCUCCCCUGCAGAUGUGAUGUCAGCCUCUCGUUCCGCUUUGUCCCGCCUCCUGGAUCACCUUCUCGACCAAUCAGAUGCGACGUCUCGCUGCGGGUUGAACGAGGACACGCUGAGCAGCCGGCUGAGACUCGGCCUGAACAAAGUGACGCCUCCACGGCCCAACACGAAGACCCUGGUUUCCACCCUCCAGCAGCACUUCCUGCUCUUCAGCCAACGGCUGCACUCGGCCGAGGUAGAGAGGCGGAGCCUGAGGUUGGAGGUGACCAAUCUGAAGAGAGGACUGCGGCGGGAGAGAGAGGAUACCUGCAGGACGGUCCCGGCAGAGCGGUUCCACAGUGUGUGCGUGGAGCUCCGUCAGGCGCUGAGCAGGGAACAGGAAGCUCAGGCGCUCAUCCAGGAACAGACCGACCAGCUGCACGCACUGCAGCUCCGAGUCAGCACACACACCACCGAGCUGACCGACACACAGCACACGCUGAGCCAGACCGCACAGUCUCUGUCGGAGGCUCGACAGGAGGUGAGUCAGAAGGAGCGCUCGCUGAGGAUUCUGGGUAAGCACCUGUCAGGGGUUCAUAGGCAGAGAAAGCAGCUGGAGGAGAGACUGCAGCGAGUCGAGGACGAGCUGAGGGACGGCAAGAGACGUAAAGAUUGGCUGAUCAAUAACAUAAAGGCAGCAGAGACGAGCUACAAGGAGGUCAGAGAAAGUCUCAUCCAAUCACGUCGGUCCAUGUCAGCUCAGCCCCGCCCCCUGCCGUUACCCAGGGAACACCUGGAGCUGAGUGGAGCAGAGAGCAUCAUGGGAGCUCCUGAGAUGGCAGCGUGCCAGGCUCUUCUCUCCGCUGUCUCUCAGCUCUAUCAGACCUGCAGCUCCAGGAUUGACUGGCUGGAGCAGGAAGUCUCCGCCCACCGCAGUCAUGUGACCGCGCUGCGCAGCGAGCUGCAGGACGUCUGUCUCCGUGACAACCUGCUCUACGUCCCUGUGGCCGAGUUUCCCGAAACCUUUCCGUUCGCUGACGUGGAAACCUCUCGACCUGUUCCGCUCUCUGAUUUGUCAAAAGAGCCGGCAGUCAGUUUAAGCCACGCCCCCUCUACGACAAACCCCGCCUCCUUUCAACCAAAUCCCGCCCCCUCAUCACCCUUCUCCAAACCCUGCAAGGCCAAGACGAAGGAGAAGAAAGUGGUGAGGAGGAACAGAGGAGGGAGGAGACAGACGGACACUUCGUGACACGUAGAAUGUGAAUAUGAACACUUUUAGUUUUCAUCGUGGAAACUCUUCAACACAGUCGUGAAAAGACGUCAUCAGAAAACGUCGAGACAAUCAGACACACAGCUGGUUGGUGACAACUGAAGGCCAUAUGGCCGUCAGUCUGUGUGUGUUUGUGUGUGAAGCAGAGCAGCAGCUGUUGCUGUAUGUGUCGAUAUUAACCUUCAAUAAAAUAUUUCUGCUCUUGAA